GGUGUCAUUUUUACCCUUUUCUACUGGAUCUUUCUCGACGUUUUCUCCAAACGACCGGCAAGGUGAUGAGAGUGGAGUUUCCAGUUUGCAGAUUGACAGUUUGAGAAUGGCUCGCCAUGUUCUCGUAGUGGUAGCUGUUUUGUUGUUCGCGACUGCUGAAGCUUCUCAAUGCUCAAUUAACGGAUUACCACUUGUGAGGAAUAUCAGCGAGCUUCCACAGGAAAACUAUGGGAGGUCCGGUUUAUCUCACACUACAAUUGCAGGUUCAGUCUUGCACGGCAUGAAAGAGAUAGAAGUGUGGCUUCAAACAUUUGCCCCAGGAUCUCGCACACCAAUACACAGGCACUCAUGUGAAGAAAUUUUCGUCGUCUUGAAGGGUCAAGGCAUUCUAUAUCUCACUCCUAGUUCACAUUCAAAGUACCCGGGGAACCCGCAGGAGUUCCAUAUAUUCCCUAAUAGCACCUUCCAUAUCCCUGUUAAUGAUGUUCACCAGGUAUGGAACACUGGUGAGCAUGAAGAUCUACAAGUUUUAGUUGUUAUCUCGCGUCCUCCAGUGAAGGUGUUUAUGUAUGAUGACUGGUCGAUGCCACACACGGCUGCCAAAUUGAAGUUCCCUUAUUACUGGGAUGAGGAAUGUUAUCAGACAACUUCGUGGAAAGAUGAGCUUUAACUAUCCAACCCAAAGAAGUACACUAUGGCAUUUGACUACAUAAGCAUGAUGUUUGAUACUUUCCGAUAUAACAUUGGGAUCUUGCUUACUUGUCCUACAAGUUAAAGAUCGACUAAACGAAGAGCAACUUAACAGGCCUGGAUCGGUGUUGCAGUUGUACAUUGUAGAAAAUGUAUCUUAAAAGAAUAUCUGAUGCCUAUACUUAUGGUUAUUUAGUCGCCAACGUUGAGAGAGCUUUAGUUUUUAGUUGCUUCUAGAACAUUAUUUCUUACAUAUUUCGAUAUUGUAUAUUGAAUAUAUUAAGCCAGGAUCACUACAUGCAGUUUACUGGUUGCGGUUACUGCAUUUCAACUCUGUGUUGUAUAUGAACCGGAGAUUAGUUCUAUGUAUUCCAUCCAUCUUGUAUAUA